CCGCCCAAAACCCUCAAAAAUGCCACCAACACGCCGAACCCGCCACUCCACCGGCCCCGCGGCCAAAGGCGCCCAAAAAACGCUCUCCUUCGGCAACUCCAAGACCAUCAAAUCCGCCUCAACCAAAGACCUCAAAGACAUCAAAGACAUCAAACCCGAACCCCUCGAACAAAAGCUCGACCUAGGCCACAUCUCCUCCGCGCCGGCCGUCGAGCAACAAGCCAAGGUCGAGCUCUCGCGCGAGGCGACCGCGGAGGAGGUGCGGGCGAGGAAGGUUAGCGAUGCGCAGAUCAAGCGGUAUUGGCGCGAGAGGGAGGCGGAGAGGAAGAGUCGGCGGGUGCAUCAGGAGGAGCUGAGUGUUGAGGAGAAGGUGCUUAGGUUGUGGGAUAUGAGUAGUCAGUUUGGGCCAGCGAUAGGCAUAGCACGAAUGAAGCGCUGGGUCCGGGCUAAUAAGUUGGGAUUGCAGCCUCCGAUUGAGGUAUUGGCUGUUCUGCUCAAGGAGGAGGAUAAGGGUAAUACGAAGAUUGAGAGGGCGCAUGUGGAUGAGUUGAUGAGUAGCAAGUUUGUUGUUGGGGAGGCUUGAGUGUGUGAAUAUAGAUGAGGUGUACGAUGGAUAUGCUUUGACUGGCUGGCUGGAGUUGUUUGGGGAUUAUUUGCCUGGUAAAGGUUACUGGCGUUGGAUUGCUUUUCUAUGGCACAACAAGCUUUGCAUACAAGGAGCAAUGAAGACAAAAAUUCUCUCA